AUGGUUCUCCACAACCCCAACAACUGGCACUGGGUGAUGAAGGAUACCGCGUCAUGGGCCAAAGACUAUCUUGACGCAGAAUCCAAGAAGGUGUCGGCAGAAGAGAAUGGAGUGUCGGCCAAUAUCACACGACUCAUUUCUAUGGAUGGCGAUGUGGAAGUUAGUCAGCGGAAGGGCAAGGUUAUCACGAUAUAUGAUGUUGCGCUGCAACUAGAAUAUGCAGGCAAGACACAAGAUGGUACCGAUGUUAGUGGCAGCAUCAAGGUUCCCGAGUGCGCAUACGACACAGAGCCAGACGAGUAUGUUUUUGAAAUAGACAUUUAUUCGGAGAAGAAGGAGAUGCAACCGGUUAAAGACCUAGUGCGGUCGAAACUUGUCCCUCAACUGCGCAAUGUCUUUGCGAGCCUUUCACCUGCGUUGAUCAAAGAGCACGGAAAAGACUUGCAACACCCACCAGGUUCCAACCCGUCCAGCGGAUGGGCAACGCCGACGUGGCAUCCACAGCGAGAGCGUACCCCGACCUCUACCACCACCACCUCCGGCUCCGGCUCCGGCUCCGGCUCCGGCAAGACAUCUGUAAAUACGACCACGGUAACAGCAACCGACGAGUUUCGCACGACUGCCGAAGAAUUGUUCCAGACAUUUACCGACCCUCAACGGCUUGCCGCCUUUACCCGCGCGCCUCCGAGAGUCUUUGAGGGAGCGAAACCUGGUGGAAAAUUUUCAAUUUUCGACGGAAACGUCUCAGGAGAGUUUGUCACCUUGGAGUCCCCCAAGAAGAUUGUACAGAAGUGGCGUUUGGCGCAAUGGCCCGAGGGACACACGAGCACCCAAGAAAUUUUCUUUGACCAGAACGAUGUGGACCGAGUGACCAACAUGAGGGUAACUUGGACCGGAGUUCCUGUGGGCCAGGAAGAUGUUGUGCAGCGGAACUGGGAGGGCUACUAUGUGCGCAGCAUAAAGCAAACGUUUGGGUAA